AUGAUUGGAAAUAUUUUUAGAGUAAAAGUGAAAAAGUACCUAUUUGCUGAUGAAAAAGCGGUCGAGUCCAAAAAGCGCCUUGCUAUUGAAAUAGUGCAAUUCAUAGAAAAUUUUCUCGAAACAUUCAUUCCUUCCCAAUCGUUGCAAAAAUCAUCAGCUGUAAAUGCAGAGAUGCAAUUUAUCAACGAGUUAAGAGGUGACCAUGUAUUGCUAAUUAAUAAUGCUAAUGAGUUAAGAGAUAUCAAUGAUCAAGCACAGAGUAACAAUCGAGAAUUCUUGUUAAAUAAUCUUCAUGAUAAUCAUUUAUCGUUAAUUGAAUAUCAGUUAACAAAUACUCUGUCAAAUUUUUGUAUGUAA